CCCUUCCCGCCGGAACCUUCUUCCCUACGCCGCAACCGCGUUUCUCCGUCCCAACUCCCUCCCACUUCCCAUAACCUAUAUAAAUCUCCCAAGCCGCCAUUUUUCCUCAACACCCAUCACCUCCUCCACCUCCCAACUUCCCCUCUCAUCUCCCCGAAUGCUCAUGAACUCCGGAUUCCCGCCAGCCCCCGCCGGCGUGGCCCCUCUCGACGACCUCGACUUCUACCUCUCCUUCCUCCCAGACGAUUUCCUCCCCCCACAAAUGCCUCCUGCCAAGAAACCCCGCCUCGCUGCGUCCGACGACUCUGCGUCCGACGACUCAACCAAACCUCCCCCUCCCCAUCCCCGCCGCCUAUGGGUCAAGGAACGCUCCCGCGCUUGGUGGGAUCAAUGCAACCGUCCCGACUUCCCCGAAUCCGAUUUUCGUUCUGCAUUUCGCAUGAGCCGGGCCACCUUCGACAUGAUCUGCGAAGAGCUCGGCUCCGCGGUUGCUAAAGAGGACACGAUGCUCCGCGCCGCAAUCCCCGUUCGUCAGCGCGUGGCGGUCUGCAUCUGGCGGCUCGCAACAGGGGAACCCCUCCGGCUUGUCUCGAAGCGCUUCGGCCUCGGCAUCUCUACCUGCCAUAAACUUGUCCUGGAGGUUUGCACGGCAAUCAAAUCCGUUCUCAUGCCCAAAUUCCUCCGCUGGCCGGACGACCACGCCGCCCUUGCCGCCUCCCGCAGUAAAUUCAAAUCAGUUUCAGGAAUCCCCAACAUUGUUGGGGCCAUGUACACGACUCAUAUCCCCAUCAUCGCUCCGAAAGAUAACGUCGCGUCUUACUUCAAUCGGCGGCACACGGAGAGGAAUCAGAAGACGUCUUACUCGAUCAGCGUGCAGGGGGUGGUGAAUCCAGAUCGUGUAUUUACGGAUGUCUGUAUUGGCUGGCCGGGAUCCAUGUCGGAUGAACAGGUUCUGGAAAAAUCGGCUCUUUAUCAAUUGGCGGCGCAGUGUGGGACUCUGAAACAAGAUUGGGUGGUUGGGGGAGAAAGCUAUCCGCUUUUGGAUUGGUUGAUGGUGCCCUACUCGCAGAAGAACUUGACGUGGGCUCAUCAUGUUUUUAAUGAGAGGAUUGCAGAGGCGCAGAAGGUGGGGAAAGAGGCGUUUGCGAGGCUAAAAGGGAGGUGGGGAUGCUUGCAGAAGAGAACAGAGGUGAAGUUGCAGGAUUUGCCGGUCAUGCUUGGGGCUUGCUGCGUUCUGCAUAAUAUAUGUGAGAUGAGAGGGGAGGAGUUGGGGCUGGUGGAGAUGGGAUACGAGCUUUUCGACGAUGAGAUGUCGCCGGAGAAUGGGCUGCGUUCUUCGACGGCGAUGGCGGCGAGGGAUAAUCUGGCACAUAAUUUGUUGCAUAGUGGAUUUGGGGGGACGAGUCUUGUGUAGUUUUGAUUAACUUGUUUCUAAUUAAUCCUCUGUUGUAAGAUGAGGU